AUGGCCGCGCAGUCGUCAUCCUCCACCGCGGGGUCCCCCAACAUCAUGCUCGCGAUCUACGAGAAGAAAACGAACACCGUCGAUCUGUAUCGUCCCCUCCGCAAUUACGUCGCGUUUCACUACUCCGAGCGCGAAGCGCAGAACCUCGAGGAUGAUCUCGUAACCCUAAAGCAUCUUCGCUCCGACCUCGAGCGUCACACCGAUCCGUCCCUCCCGGCGCGCCGCGAUCUUCUCCAAACCUACUUCAAAUCUCUCUGUCUUGUUGAGACACGCUUCCCAAUUUCCCCAGACCCUGACCACGUCAACGCUCUCACCUUCGUUUGGUUCGAUGCCUUCAAGCCCAAGCAGAAGGCCUCACAGCAGAACAUCCACCUCGAGAAGGCAUCCGUGCUCUUCAAUUUGGGUGCCAUUUAUAGUCAGAUUGGAAUGUCUUUCGAUCGAUCCACCGUUGACGGCCGCCGCAUGGCAUCGCAUGCCUUCAUUGCUGCUGCCGGUUCCUUUGCCUUCCUCCGCGACAACGCCUCCAUGAAGGCCUCCGUUGGGAAUUCCACCACCGUUGAUUUGUCCGUUGAGUGUGCCGGGAUGCUGGAGAAGCUCAUGCUCGCGCAGGCGCAGGAGUGCGUCUUCGAGAAUACCAUUGCUAAAGGGAGCACUCCCGGUGUCUGUGCCAAGAUCUCCAGACAGGUUGGGCUAUAUUAUGAGGAAGUUUUAGCUGCACUGAAUGUUGCACCUUUGAGCCAGCAUUUUGAUAAAUCCUGGAUAGUUCAUGUACAGUUGAAGGCGGCACUGUUCUAUGCAGAAGCUUGUUAUAGGUAUGGAUUGGAGCUGCAUGAUAAAGAGGAGAUAGCAGAGGAGAUUGCACGGCUGCAGAGUGCUGUUAAUGUGUUGACUGAGACGAAGAAGAGCUCUAAGGGUGCUGCGGUGCAAAUUCUAGAUGCAAUUGCCAGGUUAGAGAUCAAUAUUAACCAGAACCUUGAAAGGGCUGUCAAGGAGAAUGAUAGGGUUUAUCUCAUGCGAGUUCCUUCGCCAAGUUCAUUACCACCCCUUCCAGCAUUUUCUAUGGUGAAGCCCUUGGCAAUGAAUGAUUUGCUGGAUGCAAGCAAAGAGAAGAUGUUUGCAAGUCUUGUUCCAGACAGCAGUGCAAAGGCCCUUUCCCGAUAUACUGAAAUGGUAGAUGAUGUUAUAAGAACACAAGCUGAAAAGUUGCAGCAAGCUAGUGAGCUAACCCGAGUGAGGCUUAAGGAAAUGGAAUUGCCAGACUCCAUUCUGGCUUUGGAAGGAAAUUUUACUCUUCCCACAAGUCUCAAAGAAGACGUGGAGGCUGUGCAGAUCAGUGGGGGCCCUGCUGGUUUGGAAGCAGAGUUGCAGCAACUUAAAGACCUAAGGAGGGUGAAUCAAGAGUUGCUGGUCCAGACUGAGGAAAUGUUGCAGAAGGAAGCAAGAGAAGAUUCUCAAUUUAGAAGUCAAUUUGGGACAAAAUGGACCAGGCCCCAGUCAAGCACCUUGACCAAAAACUUGCAGGAUAGGCUCAAUAGGUUUGCCGGUAACUUGAAGCAAGCUGCUGAAAGUGAUGCUAGGAUUGAGCGUUCAGUUAGAGAACAUUCAGCACUCAUGUCAAUCCUUGAUUCUCGUCCGAUUGAAUCUGCACUUCCGAGCUUGGCAAGGCCAAUUAUGUCAUUUGAUCAAAAUGAAGAUGCUAUUGUGGGGUCUCUCAAGCAAAGCUUGAGGCAACUAGAAACUCUUGGAGCUCAAAGGGCUGGUCUUGAAGAUAUGCUUAAGGAGAUGAAAAGAAAGGAUGAUAUAUUACCAAAGUUAAUGACAUCCACCGGUUCCUAUGAUGAUCUCUUCAAGAAGGAAAUAGCAAAAUAUGACCAUAUUUGUGAAGAAAUAGCUCAAAAUAUCGAGGCACAAGAGCAAUUGUUGCUGCAGAUCCAGGCACAGAAUGAAGAGUUCUCUGUUAUCUUUAAUCUUGAAGAUUACAAAGCUUCACGUGAAAAAGCCUAUAAGCAGAUUGAAGCUUCCAUAGCAAAAUUUCGAGAAAUAAAGGAAAACAUCAAUGAAGGGUUAAAAUUCUAUGUUACCCUGCAGGAUGCAAUCACUAACGUAAAGCAGCAGAGCUUCGACUUUAUAAUGACAAGGAACAUCCAGUGCAAGGAAAUGAUUGAAGAGGUUCAGAGACAAGUGGCAGGUCUGAGUUUCCAGGAUAACAGAAACACAGGUGCUUUUAACAGCAACUACCCAUCAGUGGGAAGCCAAAAUCAAAGAGCCAGUACGCAAACAGAUUCUCGUCCACAAACACCUUAUUAUCAGCCAGUUGAACAGCCACCAGUUGCUCCCUAUGGCCAUCAUCCCUCUUCCCAAUACGGUGGUCCUGCACAUCAUCAGCCUCCACCUCCAUACCACAUUCCACCAUCAUCAACUGCUCCAUACCCACCCCCUCAGGGUCACCAGCAGCCACCGGCAAACCAUGAGUAUGGCCAACCAGCUUAUCCUGGAUGGCGUGGUCCGUACUACAACACACAAGCACAACAACCUGGUUCUGUACCUCGGCCUCCUUAUACUAUUCCAUCUCCAUAUCCUCCACCUCACCAAAGUGGCUACUAUAAGCAGCAAUAG